AUGCGUUUCACUUCCACCAUUGCUGCUGGCAUUGCCGCCGUUGGGGCUGCUGCUGCCGAUGGAAGCAAUUACCUUGGCUUCAACAGCGGUGCCACUCUCGCCGACCGCUCUGCCAAGUUCAAGGCCGACUUUGCUGCCGAAUUCAAGACUGCUGCGAAGCUCAACGGUGCCCCCGGCAAGUUCAACUCGGCUCGCCUCUACACCAACAUCCAGGCCUACUCUCAGGAGGAUCCCAUUGAGGCUUUUGAUGCCGCUGUCGAGACCAAGACUCACCUCCUCCUUGGCGUCUGGGCCUCAGGCACUGACAACAUCGACAAGGAGAUCAACGCCUUGAACAAGGCCAUUGAGAAGUAUGGCUCCGAGCUCACCGACCUCAUCAUCGGCGUCAACAUUGGCUCCGAGGAUCUCUACCGCACCUCGGUGACCGGUCUCAAGAACGACCCCGAUGGUGUAGGCGCCUCGCCCAAGACCAUUGUCAGCUUCAUCGACGACUGGAGGAAGGCCUUCAAGUCGGGUCCUAUUGCCGACGUGCCUGUCGGACACGCCGACACCUGGGACGUCUGGAACAACUCCACCAACAAGGCCGUCAUCGACGCCGUCGACUUCAUCUCCGUCCACGAGUACCCCUACUACGAGAACGACAAGGGUAACAGCAUCGAGAACGCCGGCAAGCUCUUUGACAGCGCUUACCAGGCCACUCUUGACGCUGCCGGCGACAAGCCCGUCUGGGUCACUGAGACCGGCUGGCCUUAUGUUGGCGAGACCUGGGACGAGGCCGUGGCUAGCGUCGAGAAUGCCGAGAAGUACUGGAAGGAAGUCGGCUGCAAGAAGCUGUUCAACAAGACCCCCACUUUUUGGUACACCCUCCGUGACUCCAACCCCGACAACUCGAUGAAGUUUGGCAUCACCGACAAGCUGUCUACCGAGCCCCGCUUCGACCUGAGCUGCCCCAAGGUCUCUGACGAUGAGGACAAGGAGAGCAAGACCAGCACCUCCUCCGAGGCCACCAAGACCCACACUUCUGCGGACCACACUAGCAUGGUGACCAGCGUGGCGACCAGCAGCCCGGCCACUGCCACCAACGGUGGCUCGGACAACGACUCCGAGGAGAGCUCUGACAACGGCUCUGGCAACGGCUCUGGCAACGACUCUGGCAACGACUCUGGCAACGACUCUGACAACGACACUGAUAACGGCUCUGGCAACGACUCUGACAACGGCUCUGGCAACGACUCUGACAACGGCUCUGGCAACGGCUCUGGCUCGGAUGACAGCAGCGAUGCUGAGACCACCAACGCUUCGGACAGUCCGGACGCUGUGGCCACUCCCGGUGCUGACAGCGGCGUUGGGCUCCUCAAGAUCAGCGCUGCCGGUGUUCUUGCCGCUCUCGGCGCUCUCGCCCUCUUCUAG